AUGCUCACGCGGGUUUGGGCCCGAGGGUUUGCAGAUGCUUCAAAGAAAAAAACUCAACUUGUCAUCAAAGAUGGGCCCUCGCUUCAGGAUUUUAUUUCUUCAGCGUCAGUAGCCGAAGCCGUAGAAAAGUAUGAAGGAAAACUCAAAUUGGAGAAGGGAGACAGACGAUUGCGCCUACCACCGUGGCUCAAAAAAGAAAAGAUUCUUCCCUCAGAGAACGAGAACGUUAGUCGACUGAAGAAGCAAUUGAAAACACUGAAGCUGGCAACCGUUUGCCAGGAAGCGCGAUGCCCUAAUCUUGGAGAGUGCUGGGGAGGUUCAGAAGACAGUCUGGCAACAGCCACGAUCAUGCUCAUGGGAGACACUUGCACUCGCGGAUGUAAAUUUUGUUCUGUCAAAACUGCUCGUGCUCCACCUCCUCUAGAUCCUAUGGAGCCUGAAAACACAUCGACUGCUGUAGCUUCGUGGGGAGUUGAAUACAUUGUCCUCACGUCAGUUGACAGAGAUGACUUGCCUGAUGGUGGCGCUGAUCAUCUACGUCAGACCGUCCAAUUAAUGAAACUGAAAAAGCCGGAGCUGUUAAUUGAGUGUUUACUUCCUGAUUUUGCUGGCGACAAGAUAAGCGUCGAAAAACUGGCUACAAGCGGCCUCGAUGUAUAUGCACACAAUAUAGAAACUGUUGAGCGUCUCACUCCAUGGGUUAGAGAUCCGAGAGCCAAAUACAGACAAUCUUUAAAUGUCUUGAAGUACGCCAAAGAAGUGAGCCCAAGACUGAUAACAAAGACAUCAAUCAUGCUAGGGCUUGGAGAGGAGGAUGAUGAAAUAAAACGGUGCCUUGCGAAUCUUCGGUCUAGUAACGUUGAUGUGGUCACUUUUGGGCAAUAUAUGCAACCCACAAAGCGUCAUUUGCUCGUGAAAGAAUGGGUCACUCCGGAAAAGUUUGAUGAAUGGGCCGAAUAUUCGAAGAAGCUCGGGUUCCUCUAUGUGGCAUCUGGGCCACUUGUUCGGUCUUCCUACAAAGCUGGAGAAUUUUACUUGAAGAAUGUAUUGAGAAAUAGACAAUUUUUUCUGCGCGUUACUUCGCUUUUUAUUAUCUUCGAAUUUUCCUCUUCUUCCUCGUCUCUUGUCUUCUCCUUCUUUCAGCUUUUAUACAAUACGUUGCAGGGUAAACGAUGGGUCUCGAUCAUCAUUGACGGAAAGAACCACCUUCUUGGUCGUUUGGCCUCGAUUGUGGCCAAGAAACUCCUCCAGGGAGAGAAGGUUGUCGUCGUCAGAGCUGAAGAGAUUACCAUCUCCGGAAACUUCCACCGUUCCAAGCUGAAGUACAUGAGCUUCCUCCGCAAACGUUGUAACAUCAACCCAGCUCGUGGAGCUUUCCAUUACCGCGCUCCAGGAAAGAUCUUCUGGCGCACCGUCAGAGGAAUGCUCCCACACAAGACCAUCCGCGGAAACGAGGCUCUCAAGAACCUCCGCGCAUACGAAGGAGUUCCAGCCAAGUACCAGAAGACCAAGACCCUUCACGCCCCAUCUGCCAGCAGAUUCCGUCUUCAACCAAGAAGGAAGUUCUGCCUUGUUGGACGUUUGUCCCACGAGGUCGGAUGGCAAUACCAGGAUGUCGUUGCCAAGCUCGAAGCCAAAAGAAAGGUCAAGGGAGCCGCAUACUACGAGCAAAAGAAGAAGUUGGACAAACUCGCUGUUCAAGCCAAGGUCAACGCCGCCCCAAAGAUUGCUCAAUACCAGAAAAUCAUUGAGG